CCACUUGUGUUGCUACAACUUUACUAAGCUAGCUCAGCAGCUAGUACAACUGAACGUUUAGUCGUUUACUAUCCUCCUCCAACGUACGGGCACCAUGCUCAACCUCCUCCUCCUCCUCGUGCUAGCCACCACCUCAUGGUCACCGGCGGCGAGCGGCCAGGACACCUCCUCCGCCACGGUGAGCCCGCUGAACACGCACUGCAACGCGACCGCCGGCAACCACACGGCCGUGGGCAGCGCGUACCUCUCCAACCUGCGCGCCCUCGGAGGCGCGCUCUCCAGGCGCGCCCUCGCCACCGGCUUCGCGUCGGGGAGCUACGGCGCGGCGCCCGACGAGGUGCACGGCCUGGUGCUCUGCCGGGGCGACUUCACCGGCGGCAACUGCACCGACGGCCUCGCGUCGGCGUUCCGCGACGCCGCGGCGCAGUUCUGCCCGGGCGCCGCGGACGCCACCGUCUACUACGACCAGUACAUGAUCCGCUACACCAACGACGGCCGCCUCCUCUCCGACCCCGGCGACAACGAGCCGCUCUGGUCGGGCAAGAACAUGAACGAGGUCGCCGGUGCCGACGCGGCGGCGCGGUUCAUGGCGAAGGCCACGGAGCUGAUGAACAGGACGGCCGACCUCGCCGCCUUCGGGUCGUCGUCGUCGCCGAGCCGGUACGCCACGGGGGAGACGUGGUUCGACGAGCAGGGGGUGAGCGUGGUGUACGGGCUGGUGCAGUGCACGCCGGACCUCACCGGCGAGCAGUGCCGGAGCUGCCUCGCCGGCAUCAUCGCGCAGAUGCCGAAGCUGUUCGGCGACGCUUCGUCACGGCCGGUCGGUGGGAGGAUCCUCGGAGUCCGGUGUAACCUCCGUUACGAGAAGGAUGUCUUCUUCAAGGAGACCAGCACCACUAUCAAGCUCAACAUGCCCAAAAAGGGACUGAGCACGAUGCUGAAGAUCGUCAUAUUUGGCGUGCCGUGCUUGGUACUGAUCAUAUCCGUGGUGCUGCUCAGGCCUUACAUCGUCAAGGAGAUAAGAGAGUUAUUGUUGCAGAGGGAUCUAGUCAUAUUGGAAAGGGAAAUCGUGAGUGAAAGCGAUGAAAGAUUUUCACUGUUCAAGUUUUCUAAGAUAAAAGAUGCCACGGACAAUUUCUCCAGGGAAAAUAAGCUAGGAGAAGGUGGAUUUGGUCAUGUUUACAAGGGCCGUUUGACUACGAACCAAGACAUUGCAGUGAAAAGACUUGCCCCAAAUUCUGCACAGGGAUUCAAGGAGUUCAAAAACGAAAUUAAACUCAUAGCAUGCCUUCAGCAUAGGAAUCUUGUUAGGCUCCUUGGGUGCUGCAUCAAAAGCAAGGAGAGGAUAUUAGUCUAUGAAUAUAUGCCUAAUGGAAGCUUGGAUGGCCUAAUUUUCGGAGAGGAAGAAGUGAAACCAAACUGGCAUGUGCGUCGGCACAUAAUUGAAGGGAUAGCAGAAGGUCUACUCUAUAUACAUGACUAUGCACAUGCAUGUAUAGUCCACAGAGACCUGAAACCUAGCAACAUACUGCUAGAUCAUGAAAUGAAUCCCAAAAUUUCAGAUUUUGGUAUUGCUAGGAUUUGCCUCUCCAGUGUGACAGAAUCAAAUACGACAACAGCAAUAGGAACAUUUGGAUACAUCGCGCCCGAGUACUGCUCCCAAAAUGUUUAUUCAACAAAGUCUGAUGUUUUUAGCUUUGGCAUUUUGGUUCUUGAGAUCAUAAGUGGGAAAAGAGCCGUGGGUUCAUACAAAUUAUCUGGAAGAUCAUACGAGCUCAGGAGAUAUGCUUGGCAACUUUGGAAAGAAGAGAGAUGCGACGAGUUGGUGGAUCCAUCUUUUGGAGAAGAUUACCAAGAAAUGGACAUUAUUAGGUGCAUUCAGGUGGCACUUCUGUGUGUCCAAGACAGUGCAGAGGACAGGCCAACGAUGCACGAUGUAACGACGAUGCUAAGCAACGGAAACAGGAGGUUGCUCAUGCCUGCACAACCAGGUUCAUUCAACAUAGAUAUUGGCGAUCCAGAGGAGCUCUGAUGAUGAAACCAGACUGACAGAUCGUCCAGACAAAUCAAACGUGUUUAGCCGGACGAAUUCGAUGUAGACAAAUUAAAUCAAAUUUAGAUCAAGCUAUAUAUAGGACAAUUAUUCAUGUAUAAAGUGUUGUGUUCGCCACCUGUUGGAACUAAACUGAUUGCAGAUUAAUUUCCCAUGCUCUUGGCUAAUUUGUACAGAUUGAAAAUCAAACUGCUUUGCUGUAUUUUCCAACUAGAGGAUUCAUGAACAACACAGCCCAGCUUGGUUUGUUGA